AUGCGCUGGCUCACCGCCGUCGCUACGACAUUACUCACGACGAACGCCUUCGUCGCGCCGCCACGGACGCGCCUCCACGCUCUCGCCGCCGUGACGACCGACGACGCGAUCGAACAAAAGCUCGACUCGUGGCUCCUCGACAACCUCGGCAGCUGCGCGGUUCCCAUCGAUGAUGAUGAUGACGACGCCUUCGAGCUGUGCUCGGUCGACUCGCCGACUGCUGUGUGGAAAUCAACCACUGCGUCGGGUGCACUAAGUCAUUUCGGCGAUGACGCGGCCGUCCUGGCUCGGUCGAGCUGUGAGGAACCGGCAUCGCCACGCCAUCGAGCAGGCGUCGCAUCGAUGGCGUGGAGGUCGACGCGAAGAUUCAGCACGAACGCGCCGUAAAUUUUGAUUUCCACACAGGCCAACAGAGGGCUGCGUCGACGUGCACAACGUGCUGGCCCCCGAGGAGCCGCGCGCGCCGCCGGCGAAGACGAAGCUUCGCAUUCGACGGAGGAAGG